AUGUCGUCCCCUGUUCCCCUUCUUCGGCCUCCAGUCCCUGGCGCUCGCAACACCAACGGCAGCCCGCGAGCCCCGAAACUCACAUUAGGCAUUCCCCCCUCACCCAGCGCCAAACCCGUCAAUGGCACUGGCGUCCCCGCCUCAGUACCUCAAAUUCAAACUCAACCUCAACCCCAGCGCCCAUCAGGUCGACCAGCACCCCCACGACUGCAUCUCGCGACUCCUAUGGGUAGUCAGCAGAAUAUAUCCCAGCCAACUCUCAUGCCGAACGGUCGACCAGCCCCGCCCCCACUGAGUACAAAUGGCCUGGGCAGUACGCCCAGUCUCCAAAUCCAAACCAACGGAGCACCAUCCGCAAACCCUUCAUAUUCGACCGCCAAUUUCGUCAAGGGUCUCCGACAACCGGACGGCUCGUCAGACCCGUCGUCGGCGAUCAGUUCAGUGUACUCGGACCGCGAGAAUGGAGAUCGCGAAAAUGGCGUGAAUGGCCUUCUUCCCGAUUUGGACAAAUUAAGUUUGGAAAAGGGUCGUCCUCUCGAUGUCGACGAUCUCGAUGAUGAAGGCUGGCACGCAGCCAGUGAACAGAACAAAAUCGUUGAGCUGGGAAGCCUAGGAGAGGGUGCUGGCGGCGCUGUCACCCGUUGUAAACUGAAGGAAGGAAAGACUGUGUUCGCAUUGAAAAUCAUCACCACGGAUCCCAACCCGGACGUCAAGAAACAAAUUGUCCGUGAGCUCAACUUCAACAAAGACUGCGCUUCGCACCAUAUCUGUCGCUAUUACGGUGCUUUCAUGGACAAGUCCACUGGCACAAUCUCCAUCGCUAUGGAAUUUUGUGAAGGUGGAAGUCUAGACAGUAUUUACAAAGAGGUCAAGAAGCUUGGAGGGCGAACCGGAGAGAAGGUCCUUGGCAAGGUUGCAGAAGGUGUCUUGAAUGGAUUGACCUAUCUCCACAGCCGGAAGAUCAUCCAUCGAGAUAUCAAACCAUCCAACAUUCUUUUGUGCCGUGAUGGCAAGGUCAAACUUUGUGACUUCGGUGUCAGUGGUGAAUUCGGCACCAAGGGCGAUGCCAACACUUUCAUUGGCACUUCCUAUUAUAUGGCUCCAGAGCGCAUUACUGGUCAAUCAUACACCAUCACCUCCGACGUUUGGUCUCUCGGUGUAACUUUGCUCGAAGUCGCGCAGCACCGAUUCCCCUUCCCUGCCGACGGGACUGAGAUGCAACCCCGUGCAGGGCUCAUCGAUCUCCUCACUUACAUCGUCCGCCAACCCAUUCCCAAGUUGAAGGAUGAACCAGAAAAUGGUAUUCGCUGGUCGGACAACUUCAAAUAUUUCAUCGAAUGCUGCUUGGAAAAAGAACCUCCUCGACGUGCAACACCCUGGCGGAUGCUGGAACAUCCAUGGGUGCAGGAUAUGAGAAACAAGAAGGUCAACAUGUCAAACUUCAUAAAGCAGGUGUGGGACUGGAAAGAUUAA